GAAGCGGCUACUUCCUUUGCGGUUUAGAUUUAAAAUAUGCUCUUAUAUAAAUAAAGAUCUAAGAUAAGUCCAGAAUUAUAGUGCAACUUAUUUUAAUACGUGAUCGGAUUUUAGUGAAUCGAUUCAGUAUGGACGUUCAACGACAUUCAGUUCAUACAUUGGUAUUUCGGUCUCUGAAGCGAACUCACGAUAUGUUCCUUUCAAACCAGGGCAGUUUACCUUUCGUCGACUUGAAUGUUGAAAGAAUAAAGAAAGGAAUAAAAGCAAAAGAUUCCUAUGGCCCAAUAAUGGAACGAGUUAAACACAACAAUAAUUUUCAAGCACAAAACGAUAGUGAACACAAGGAUCCUCCACCACCAGGUGAUGAAGGAUUUAGUGGGCAAAAUUCAACAUCAGUGGUUGCGUAUACUUCUGGUCCAAGUGGUGUAGCAGUUGCAACUCCAACUCCAGGUGGUGCAUCAAGUGGCUCGUUGAUGUUACCACAGAAAAAGGCUCCGUCCAUGACAAAGCCAAAAUGGCACGCUCCUUGGAAAUUAUAUCGUGUAAUCAGUGGUCACUUAGGUUGGGUACGAUGUUGUGCCAUUGAACCAAGAAAUGAAUGGUUUGCUACAGGUUCAGCAGAUAGAGUAAUAAAGAUAUGGGAUCUUGCUACAGGAAAACUAAAAGUAUCUUUAACAGGUCACAUCAGCAGUGUGAGAGGGCUUGCAUUUUCACAUAGACAUCCUUAUUUAUUUUCUUGUGGCGAAGAUCGUCAAGUUAAGUGUUGGGAUCUUGAAUACAAUAAGGUCAUAAGACAUUAUCAUGGACAUUUGUCAGCAGUUUAUUCUAUGGCCUUGCAUCCUAAUAUCGAUGUAUUAGUAACAGCAGGAAGAGACUCAACUGGGAGGGUUUGGGACAUGCGGACCAAAGCAAAUGUACAUACACUUGCAGGUCAUACAAACACCGUAGCAAGCGUAAUUUGCCAAGCUGCAGAACCACAGGUAAUUACAGGAAGUCAUGACUGCACAAUACGUUUGUGGGAUUUGGCUGCAGGAAAAACCAGAGCUACUUUGACAAAUCAUAAAAAGAGUGUGAGAGCUGUUGCACUUCAUCCAAACUUGUAUAUGUUUGCUUCAGCAUCACCAGACAACAUAAAACAGUGGAAAUGUCCAGAAGGAAAAUUCAUUCAAAAUUUAUCCGGACACAAUGCAAUAGUAAAUUGUUUAGCUGUUAAUUCUGACGGAGUCUUGGUGUCAGGUGCUGACAAUGGCACCAUGCAUCUAUGGGAUUGGCGAACAGGAUACAAUUUUCAACGACUUCAAGCACCGGUUCAACCAGGUUCCAUGGACAGUGAAGCAGGCGUUUUCAGUAUCACCUUUGAUAUGUCUGGAACUCGCAUGAUUACUACAGAGGCUGACAAAACGAUAAAAAUAUACAAAGAAGAUGAUACAGCGACGGAAGAAACACAUCCUAUUAAUUGGCGCCCAGAUAUAAUAAAGCGAAGGAAGUAUUAAUCAAGCAAGUGUUUGUAUUUAAUACAAAAAUUGUAUAAAGAAACGUGUAUAAAAAAAAAACUCGCAAACAAAAAGAAAUUUUUUUCAAA